AUGAAGACGUUACAGUGUUUCGAGACCCCCGCGUCGGAGCUCUAUGACUGGAGCCAUCUCUCGGACCUGCUGCUCAGCGAGGUUCUCAGUAAUUUGUGGCGAAAAAAAAAACAAUGCCCCCUCGCCCGCCCCCGCGGCUUCCUCGUGCUCGUCGACGCCCUCACCGGCGCCGAGCGCCUCGUCCUCACGCUCCCCUCGGCCCCAACCCCCUACCACUACGCUACCCUCACCUCCACCCACCUCCUCCUCUUCGUCUCCAAGCACGCCUUCUUCUCCCUCCCGUUCCCGAUCCCAGACCCCGUCCCUGAGUGGACGCGCCACCGCCUCCCUCGCGCGGCCUCCUUCGUCGCGUCCGUGGUCGAGUUCCGCGGCCGCGUGCUCGGCGUCACCGACCGCGCGCAGCUGCUGGAGUUCCACCUCGACGCCGCCCCGGACGAGGCGGUCCAGAUGCUGCCCACGACCAGCCUCCCCGACGCCGCCACGUUCGAGAGCUGGCAGUUCGGGCCCCGCCUGGUGGCCGCCGGGGAGCGGCUGCUUCUGUUGCUGCUCAUGAUGGACCCGGAUGGGGAUGGGCGCGGCGAUACGAGGGUGCCGGGGUGGGUGUGGAAGGUGGGCGUGCACGCGCUCGACAUGGAGCGGGGGAUGCGGUGGGAAGAGACGGACAGCAUCGGGGAGUACAGCUUGUUCGUGGACUCCGCUGGGAGGAGCGCCGUGGCGUGCGCGGACGGCGUAGGCUGCGGCGUGGAGGUGGAGGGCGGCGGGAUCUACUUCGCCGAGAAGUGGGGUCGUUCAGCAUCGGAGGUGUGUUACUGGUAUUCGCACCGGCCGGGGUGGCAGGCCCAGGCAUCCAACUCGGGAGAGUGGCUGCACAUCUCCGACUGCGGCUAG